AUGGAACAGGCCAUGGCGCGAUGCCGCAGAUUUUUGAAAUUUGCUUGUGACUUCCCUGGGUACCGCUCCCGCUAUAAGAGUGUUGUGCACAAGAAAGUGCAGAAGCAUGGCAGGAAGAUCCUCUCCCGGAGUGUCCUGCAUAGAACUGGCUACUAUGGCCUCAGAGGCCAUGGGAUCUUCUCAGAGCAUGUCGUGUCUCACUUUAAAGAUGCCAUCGACUCACUGGCCGGCAUUGAUAGCGUGGUUUCGAAGUAUGGUACCGUUGUGUAUGCCCAGGUCUUGGUUCCUGAACCGCUGGAGAUGUUGGUCCGGGAGGACAUGAGAGUCGAUGCCAAAGGGACCCGCCGGAUUCUGAAGGAGAGCAACAAGAUGGGGAAUUUGCUUAAUCUUGAGUGAAUCAGGCGAAGUGCUUCCAGCUUCAAUUUUGAGAUGCACAACUUCGUACUAGGCAUAGAUUUAUGUGUGGAACGGUGAUGACCACUCUUUCCAACAAAAGUUAACUGAUUAAACCCGCUAUCCCUGGUUAGAAUGGGAAUCCACGGCCACUUUUCAUGGUUGAUUAGAGCCCUGGAGAAAUUGUAAGAGCGGAUCUUCAAUGUACAAUUAUAAAGAAUGAAAUCUAUAUGAUUUAGCCAUCAAAGAGUCUUUAUCAAGUCACUAAAGAUUUGCUAGCCUGUUAAUAUUAUGAAUAAGGGCC